AUGUCAGGUUAUCAAGACUCGAAGAGGCUAAUGAAGCGCCAAUCUAGCCAGUCGAUUUGGAACGCAACUUCUGGAGAUCAAAACCAUUCGCAGUCGAAAGAGAGAGUAGAAAACCACCAUAGCGACGGCCCCUCUCGCAACAAUACUGAGCAGCAUCCCUCAGAAAGCGAACCUAUCCAUCACAAGAAUCAAACAGAUACUAGUAAUACUGAACAUUCGCAGUCUUCGGAAGCUACAAAAUCUAAUACAACUGACGUGGACCAUUCCAAGGAGCAGACCGGAGCAAGCACUGCGUCCAAUCACACUGUAAAGGAGUCCGCACCCUCUGGCGCUACUUUGUCGCUAAACACAUCAGUUACUCCAGAUGUGCUCGCUUCCGCGUCCAGUCAAGCUUUCAAUACUAGCAAAAACCUCAGCAACCAUACGGCCGAGAACCCUUAUUCACCAAGCUCAGCCUUUCCCUUGUCAGUCCAAACUUCACCCACUCAGCUGAGCUCGCCCACGAACUCUACUUCUCCGGUAAACUUGCAAUCUCCAGAGGCUGCGGAACAAUCUCAGGAUACUCAUCAUUCCAAGGGUAAAGCGUGGGGAAUAACACUUGGUGUCCUAGCAGCAGUCGUAAUGAUUGCUGCAGCAAUUUUCUUGAUGAAAAAGCGCCUGAAAGGUUCGACCGAUUUUGUCCGUCGACGUCUCCGCUCACGCUCGAACGAUAGCAAUCGGGCCGUCAGAGACCGGUCCUCACUUGAGCCUCAAUUCGGAGGUUCGGAUCCAUUUGCAUGCUCAUCUACCUUCUCCAAAAAGCCCUUGGUCCUUCGUCCCGACAGUCUCAGUCAGCUCCGCACCGGAAACCCCCGCCGACCUAGCAUAUUGCAUCUUCGGAAUCAGAGCAUCAAAUCCCAAAUAUCGCCCCCAAUAAUCGAACCACCGUCUCCAGCGGCUUACAAGCCUUUGUCCGGCGGCUCCCCUAGAAAAUCCAGUUCGGGCAUCGCGAGUAGUGACCAUAUCCGCUCUUCUUCACCUUCUUGGUAUCAAAAUCGAGGAUACCCCCCAAUUGUCUCCAAGUACCAUGCAGGGAUGUCACAGACUCGAGAUCCUUAUAGCCGAUCAGGGAGCGUACUCUCUGUUAAGAAUCCUGAUUUCGCCGUAGGGCGUUACGAGGACCAGAUCAAUAGUUCUAUCAAUUCAACACCCGUCCCCCCUCGGCCGCCGAGACCGGAGUGGCCCAUCUUACCAUUCGAUUCGACGGGGAUCAAGAGCUUCUCGCAGCCUGUUGAGGAGUCGGAACCAGCCCUACCUGAGAUCCUUCCCCUGAAUGUUUCCCGCCGUCUCGGCCAUCAUCGGAGUACAUACACCAGUCCGCGAGAGCAGAGCAUCGAUCAAAUGAUUCUCGAGUCACCCGAAUCUUGCCACGACUCUCCGACCUUACCGCAAUACCGUCCCGAAGAAGAUAAGUCUGUCUUUUCAAUUGACAGAGAGGCCGAUGCCGUGCGCGCUAGCCAUCUCUCCCGUUCUACCUGCUACUCACAGUCCAGCGAGGCUGAGGUCUAUCCCAUUGCCGGAGAAAACGUGGACUCCGGUUUACAAACUCCCACUUCGCUAAGGUUCGUCUCCUUUGGCCCAAGCUCAAACGCUACCCAAUUGGAACGACAGUUGGACUAUUUCACAACACACCAAAACAGAAGUGACAGGACCUUUUCAAGCUAG